AACCUCACAAAGCCGAGAAGGAGGUCAACGCAACUUGUACAGAAGACAAAAAACCUCAGAAAGAAGUGAAGGAAGUCAAAGAACCCAUGGAGGUAGUCAGGAAACCACAGAGAGAAGAGAAAGAAGUCAAAGAACCAUCAAAGGAAGCCAAGAAACCUCCAAAGGAGGAGGUGGGGGUCAAAAUACUUUCUGGAGAAGAGAAGGAAGUCAAAAGAUCUCAAAAAGAAGAGAAACGUGUCAAAGAAACUUUAAGGGAUACAGAGAAACUGCCAAAAGAAAUUGACGAACCUUCAAAAGAACUCAAGAGAUCUCCAAAAGAAGUCAAAGAGCCACCUAGAAAAGAGAAGGCGGUCAAGAAAGAAGAGAAAGAACAUUCUGAAGAAGCCAAGAAAGUUCUUAAAGAAGAGGAAGCUGUCAAAGAAACUUCUAGAGAAGAGAAGGAAGUUGGAAAACAUCAGAAAGAUGAUACAGAGGUCAAAGUCACUUCAAAGCAA